UUCGCUUUUCAGGUUAGCGACCAUUUUUGAGGGUUUUAUUUUGAAAUUAUUUACGUGUAGAUGUGUUAAAAGUCAUCUACGAGAGAAAACUUGCAGAGAGGACUGAGAUGAGAUGUACUCCACCCAGUGUAGAGUAUAUUUAGAGUGGGUCCUCCACCGUUUAUGUGAAUACUUUUCCGGGAUUUUAUUGUGAUAGUCCGCACAGGAUUUUGGCAAAACGCGCUUGGAAACUUACUUCGAGCCUUAGAAUGGGUACGUGGUAGGUACCGAGUGGAAACUUCCACACAGAACUGCCAGCAUUUAAAAGUUAAAAAAAAAAAAAAAAAAAAGCUGGCGAACACCGGAGAGACGAGCAGGACGCGGUCAUGAUGCUUCCACGCAGACAGGACUACGGGAAGAGAAGGAGCGACGGCGUGCGGAGCGGCUCCGUUAUAAACUUCAGGAUCGCGGGGAGCCCGGGCUCUGUCCGCCGCAGCUCCGCCCUGCUGCCCUCGGUGCUAACCUUCCUGGUGAUCGUAGCCUCCGGAGGCCUGCUGCUCAUGAUAGAGAAAGGAAUGCUGAACAGCGUGGAGACACCUUCUCCCCGGGGCAGCGCAAGGCGGCUGGAGCUCAUCGGUGAGACCCGAAAACACGGUGCAGACGGCGCGGACGUGGACUCCCAGAUCCUCCAGGAGAUCCGCAACCGCACCAUCAGGACCAUGUGCAGCCAGAAGAACAUGCCCCACAGCGUCUGGUCCCUGAGUCCCCUGCAGAGGAAGACGGUGCUGCAGCACAUCCUGGUAAACGACGAGUACCGCUUCCUCUACUGCUACGUCCCCAAAGUGGCCUGCUCCAACUGGAAGAGAGUCCUGAAGGUCCUGAGCGGAGUCUUGGAGAGCGUGGACGUCAACAUCAAGAUGGAUCACCGCAGCGACUUGCUGUUUUUGUCUUCCCUGAAGCCCGAGGAAAUCCGCUACCGCCUCAAGCACUACUUCAAGUUCAUGUUCGUGCGCGAGCCCAUGGAGCGGCUGCUUUCCGCCUACAGGAACAAGUUCGGAGAGAUCGAAUCCUACCAGAAGAAGUACGGAGCGGAGAUCGUGAAGCGCUACAGGAAGGGCCGUGCCAAGGAUCCGUCCGUGACGGGAGACGAUGUGACCUUCGGAGAGUUUGUACGUUACUUGUUAGACGAGGACGUGGAGCGCAUGAAUGAGCACUGGAUGCCCAUUUACAACUUGUGCCAGCCCUGCGCCGUUUCUUAUAACUUCAUAGGCUCGUACGAGCAGCUUGGAAGGGACUCGGAGUACGUGCUGCAGCGCAUCGGCGCGCCGCCUUUUGUUCACUUCCCAGAGAGGCAAACGUGGUACAAACCCGUCACCACACAAACGUUACACUAUUACUUGUGCACUUUGCCGCAGAAGCUACUCAGGGAACUCCUGCCGAAGUACAUUUUAGACUUCUCUCUGUUUGCUUACCCCCUCCCAAACACAACCACUGAGCACUGCCGGCAUUAAUACGUAGUCCUUUUUCUGGUUUUUAAAUGUUUAUAUAUAUGUAUAGAAACUCAUUUUGUAUUAUUUUUAUUCCUAAGGAAAAAAAAAACAAUUAUUUUGAGAGAUGUUAAACAUGUACAGCUGAUGUCACACCAACCACUAAAGCUUCAAAAAGGUCAUUGAAACCUGUAUGAACUGUUACAGUAAAUAGGUCACAACUGUGUCAGCUUGAGUUCAUUACUGGCAUGGAUCUUAGUAAUUUAGUUAUUUUAAUUUGUCUGAACUGUUAUUCUUGUCAGGUUGGAAUGAUGAAGCAACAUUCAACUUCAAAGACAAAUUAAACAAACAAAUGUAAUAUAUUUUCACCAGCCCGCUAAUUAGCUAGCUGCUUGAAAUCAACUAGCUGUGGUGAAAUAUCUGACCAUUCUUCUAACAUGGAGUGUUAAAGUGGUUUUCUGGCAUAAACCUGACAUUAGCGUCAUCUGAAAACUCUCAGUAGGGCUGAGGUUGGAUUAUUGUACUGUCAGAAACUUGUAUCUUAAGUUUCAAACUAUUCGUUGAUUUGAGAAGUUUAAAGGUAGUUCACCUUUCAUCAAUAAUCCAUCUAAUUUGUGCCAUGUACCAGUACCCUUCAAAAUCAUUCUACCAUUUCUGAUAAGAGGACCAGAACUAUGCCAGAACCAUCUUGAUGGCUAUAAGUACCCCGUUACCAAGGUGCAGCUUGCUAAGAGACAUUUGACCAAAUAUUUCGGGAUGCAUUUUGUUCAACUUUGAACAUGUGUAGAUUAGGAAAAAAAAACAACUAAAAGUUCAGAUUUAUUUGCACCCAGUUCUGUUUUAAAAUAAAUUUUGGUGCAUGUUGUGUUACCAACUCUCUGCCAAAAACUAAAUUACAGAACUUUUGUACUUGUAAGCCAAUCUAAUGUUCUAAUCUUGGACAGCGAUGUCCCUCCCCUCCUCUUGGAGCAUUAAACUGUUUACCAUCUAAUGAAACUGAGAAUUUUUUUUUUUAUUACGUACACCAUUUCUUGUUUUGAUUUGUGAAUCCCUUUAUUUUACAAAUAAUUUAUUAAAAUAUAUAUAUAUAAAAAAAACAAUAUUAAGUAUAAUCCACAAAACUCAACAUUUCAAUACUUAAGUGCUUGAGGUUUGGAAUGCAUUUCAUUUUUAGACACGUUUGAUCUGCGAAUGUACCUGAUGCCAACGGCGUGCAAGUCGAGUUAGAAUAGAAAAAAAAAAAAGUUUCACAGCAGCUUCCACCCCUCCCCAUGUCCUGAGACAUUGUUUGAUUAAGUAAACUUUAGCACCACUGAGGUAUGCUGCAG